GAUCUGGCCAAUAUGACCUUGGUGCUGGUCGAAGGACGGGCACUGACAACGUUCUGGCCAACUUGGCACUUGCUUCAAUCGACGUCGAGUGUGAACAUUGUUCUGGAAUGAGAUGUAGACUCUUUCAAGUUAUGUAUUGACUCGUGGUGAUGUGGCUUUGUGGCGUCAAGAAGUGAGACUGAAAGGCUACUCGUGAACUCCACACUGCCCCGUCUGGAUCCACAAGCAAGAUCAACAUGUGGUCUGUGUCAUUCAUCGAGAACGGGGAGAACCCAGUAGCUUGGCUCGUCAAGAUAAGGUUGAAGGGUCCUGUCACAGGCCACCAUUUCUUUCCGUCUUCUAGGGGUCGUAAUGUCGUGGAAAGUGGGAUGCAGGUCAUAGGCAAGUGCCUUUAACAUUUUGUACAUUGGAUUUCACUAAUUUUGCUCUUUCAAAUCCGAGAUGGGACCACGCAGCAGAGAUGAUCAUGAGCAGUCUCAAGAUGGCGAGCCGCCCGCAAAGAUGCGGCGGACUUCGCGUGCCUGUAUUCAAUGUCGAAUGCGCAAACAAAAGUGUGAUGGUCCAGUAGAGUCAGAGCAGACAUUACCGUGUCGACGCUGUUGCCAGUUAGGUGCAACAUGUUCCUUUACAACUACACCUCCGGAGAACGAAGGGGAACAUGGGACUCUUUCGAAUACGGUUCAUAAGGUCGGCAAGAUACUCAAGCAGGUGACGGAUCAUCAAAGACGGAUACAAGAAUUAGAAAAGGCAUUGCGAGAUCUCCGGGAGGAGCGGGAGGGAAGAUCAGAAAGAAAGGUCCUUCUAGAGAAUACGACAUCUGUUUCUGGAGCUGGAACAAACGCUUUAGAUAUACCUACAGAUCCCGGAACCCAACCUCAGUACCCAACAGAGGUUGAUCUCAACCAGAUAUUCUCCCCAUCAAAUGCUUCUUCAAAGAGCCACCCUCAGAACGCGCAAGCCAAUCCGAGCAUGUUUGGCUCAGAACUACCUUCUCCUCCGCCCACGGAUUCAGGAUUCACAAUGGACGCAGUGGAUCUGGAUACUCCUAUGUCGACGCUACGGAACCUCAAAACACUAUCCAAAGAGAGAACCGAAGAGUCAGCAGCGGCAAGAAGCAUGACCUACGAUCCAAUACUUCCUGUACUAAGCAGAAAGGACAUCCAAUCUUUUGAGCAAGACCCGAUUGUACAAGGAAUCAUGACUCUCGAGGAAGCUCAGCAGGCGUUUGAUAUAUUUUUCACCCACUGCCAUCCACACGCUCCAUUUCUAUGUAUCCAAACACAACGCUCGGCAUCUUACGUUCGCCAAACGAGUCCUACCCUGUUCCUCUCAGUGUGUACAAUUGGUGCAAGAUUUUGGCAAGCCGCAAACAGCCAAAUGAACUAUGAAGGACUUCAUAGUGGAUACCAAAAUCUAGUCUCGUUAUUAGAUACCAGCAUAUCACGCCUUCUAUUACAGCCAACGUUGUCUGAUGUAAACCUCGACCACAUUAGAUCAUUACUACUAUAUAUUCAGUGGAUGCCAACAGAACAACAUACGCCAGGCAUUUGCCAGACCCGAUACAACGAUAUCUCAGCCUGGAGUGUUUUGGGCCUUGCCAUCCGAUACGCCAUCUUUUUAGGAUUGGACCGCACAGCCAUCAAGCCUUUCCUCCCAGAGUCCACUGAUUCUCCCACACAAGAAGACUUCUCUCGUCUGCGAGUUUGGAUAAAUAUACUCACCUGUGACUGCCAUUUGAUGUUGUCGGCGGGCUUGCCUGCAUCUUUAGAUCCGGAGCCAAUGAUGAAGAUUGUUCGAAAUUUUGCCUUCCACAAAGAUUCUCUACAGCCAGGUGAUGCAAAGAUUGCAGCUAUCUGUGAGCUGGUGACUAUUGUCAAGAAAGCGGCAAAAAGUAGUGGAGAUCCAAGUGUUCGCUCACUGGAUGCAGCGACUCUGAAGAAGACAAAUUCUGAGUUCGAUACUUGGGAAUCAUUCUGGAUUUCUGAACUUAGUGAUGUGUUCCACCACAGUCAGAUACCGUUCACUUCUUUCCGGUGGUACCGCCUGGCCACCAACAGUGCUGGCCUUGGAUCUAUCCUCUCACCUAAAUCCUCCGAACAACCAAUGCAGCUCUCCCUCCUCCAAGCCCUCGACAACAGCCUCACAGCAGCUGCUCAAACAAUCUUUGCCCUAGCCAACGAAACAAACUGGCAACUCUGGCCAGCUCAAUGUCAAAGCCUAAGCUCGUUUCCAUCCCGGCCCUUCACGAUCAAUGAAGCAGCAAUAGGACGAUUCCGCUUCGCUGUCGACUCGGCAUGGAUCACUCACAGCUUUGCGGCCGUCUUCUUGGUCCUGUGUUAUACCCGCGGGGCCAUAGACGAUGAACUCCAGAUCUUGCAUCUUGCCCAUUCGGCGUCCGUUCGGACCGUCGCACCAGCUGCUCCAAGACCAAGCUCGCUUUUCUUCCGUCUCAUUUCACUCGCAUCGCAGAUCUUUGAUACGAUAUGUCGGACUUCAGCUGCUCAUCCGGCAGCUGAUUAUCGGACUAUUAUUAAUAAUGUGUUCUCCGUGAUUCUGAAGGGCAAUAAGGAGGAACAAGACACUCAAGGUCAACAGGCUGGAGACAACCUUGGAGGAUUGGGGUUGGCGGGCGAGGAUAUGAGUAUGGAUGGUCUGUUUGAGAUGAUGCUUGACGCGGGGUUCAACUGGCAGGGAGGUCUAUUUAAGGAUGAUGGAUUGGAUUAUCCAGUGUUAUAGACAACCUAUGGAACUGACCGUAAAUCUUAGAGGCGUUGGUGGUCAUUAUACCUAGAAACACAAUAAUCAACG